AUGGAGCCAGAUUUGUCAAAUUUGCCAACGGAGGAUGUCUCGCCUCACUUCCCUCCUCCGAAACGAACCCUGCCACUAUCCAAUGGUCAGCCAAGCAGAAAGAAGCCAGCCCUCAUGCAACGUCCCCAGAGCUCCAUCAUCGAUGUGACAAACUUCUCAUUUGCUAGACCGGCGAACCAGCCCAAGGGAUUCACCCUGAAGCCAAUGCCCCGAUUGCCUCCGCAUGGUCGUACCUCCCUUGAGCAAGUUGGCGGGGUGGAGUCGCAGAAGCAGAUGGCGAGACGGGAGAAGGAAGUCUCAUCUAAGUCAAUCGCCAAUCCGAGACAGCCGAGCCUGGAGCAAUAUCUUGCUGAACGUACUCCAUGUCCACAGCCCAAAGAUCAUCCACAGACUUCAAAGAUCGCUCACAAGGAUUCAAACCUGCCGAUCACCGAGGGCGCAAGCCCAGAUAACUCGGAAAAUGCAAAUUCGGCAAAGGGACAGGAGGUCAUCGAUCUGGAAGCAGAAAGUGAGACUGCCUUGACCACACAAGCAGUCGCCAACAGCAGCAUUCCGGCCACAGUUUCCCGAGACACCGCAUCCCGUCCUCUGCAAGAUCGGGAUCGACAUGUAUCAGCAGUCCAGAACCAUCCCCCACCUCGAGCCCCUGCUCGACAAAGGGAGAGCCUCCGAGAUUCCAAGUCUCGGCGCGGGAAUCGCAGAUCUGCUCUCACCCGGCAGCAAAGAUCGAUCUCAGGCAACAAAUCGGGUCUUCAUCAGCUCACUGAGGAUACCUUGUUCGAAAUGCUCAUUGGCAGAAUCAGACAGCGCGAGGAGAAUGAGAUCACAGCUGCCAAUAUUCAACGCCAAAUGGAGACAAAGAUCUUGGAGCUGCAGGAAGAAAAUCGAGAUCUUCACCAUCGGCUCGAAACUGGUCGUUUGCAGCUGCAGAAAAAUGAAGUGGAGCUUAACAAACAUCAAACCCGACUGGAAGACUGGAAGUUGAAAAUCCGCAAGUUCAAACAGGUUGUUGAUGAAUUGGGACAUGAUCAUGAUUCCCUGAAAGAGGACAAUGAGCGGCUUAAUACCACUGCUGCAAGUUUGGAAAAGCAGAAGAGCGAGCUCUUCCAAGCCAUUGAUGAUGCAAAGCUCCAGAUUGCCCGAGCAGAGGGAAGGGCAGAUGAGCAGCGCAAGGAGAUCGCCGAAAAAGAACAACGCAUUGCUCUGCUACAGCAGGCUUUGACAGCGGCUCAAGAUCAGGACGACUGCACAAAAGCCGAAUUGAUCAGCGAACGGAAUCGCAGCUCCACUCUGGAAUCAUAUAUCCAGAACUACGCUCUGACUCAAGCAAAGCAGAUUGGUCUCAUCAAAGAAGAUCAGGCAAAGCUCAUGCAAGACCUGAAUGCAAGGCUAGAGUCAAUUGCCACCAAUGCGACCACUUUCAAGUGCGACAUUCUUUCGGCAACCAAAACAGUUUUCGAUCAGUGCCGCACUUCCAUCGAGACCUUGAGCGAAAAGUACUCUGAAGAAAAGCUCUCCGUCCAGGAGUUCACAGGCAGCACCCAAGAUGUGAUUUCUCAAAUCAACACCAUGGCAACCAAGCUCACAGAGAGUAUUGAGACCAGUAACAAGGUCAAUGUUGGCGUGUCCAAGGGCGUUCAGGACAGUCUGCACGCAAUUGAGUCUCAUCUUAGUGCCGAUUCACAACUUUUCCAGCAGCUUGCCGAGUGCCGCACCUCAUACAGAUGGCUUAAAGGCAGGCUUGGAGCCAUUGAGCCGACAUUGGAGAACCUCAAUGCUUCGGUGAAGGUCGUGUUGGAUUCUGAAACCAAGCUUGCUCGACAAUUCGGUGACUUUGGUAAAAAGCUAGAGGAAGCUCAAAUGCCGAAAGGAAAUCCGGAGUUUGAGAAACAAUUGGCAGAUAGGUUUGCCGAGAACACGCAGCUCCAACUAGGACUCCACAAGAUGGCCUCGGAAAUUGACAGUCUCAACCAACUGACAAGCGAAAAAGAUGCGACGAUUCAAAACUUGCAACAAUGUCUGACAGACGCAAAGGAGAAGUGCAGAGCUGUUGAUAAUCGAAAUCAGGCGUUGGAAAUCGACAAGACGGCUUUGAAAGGUGAAAUCGAGCUUAGGGAUCAGAGAAUCCGUCACGAAUUGACCACCAAACAUAACUCCUCCCAAACCCAGAUGCAAGCCAAAUACGAGCAAGAGCUACGAACUCUCAAGGCGGAGAAGGACGAACUUGAAAAGAAUACCGAGCUGAUAAUGACUCAAAUGAACGGUGUUCAGAGUGCUUUGGUUGAAGCAAAACGUCUAUUCGAUGAUCAGAAAACACAGCGUGAAUCACUGGCCCAAGAGACAGACCAACGGAUUGAACAGCUCACUCAAUCUUGCUCCGAGCACAUGGCGCGAGUAGAGGCUCAAAUUCUGGAGCUCCAGAAGUACCAGCAAGCUGAAGCUGCUUCGUGCAUGGAAAGGAAUGGCCUCCAAGAGCAACUCCGGCAGGCCCAAGAAAGAAUCCACGAGCUCGAGGAGACAUUUGUCGUUCCAUCUGUAGAGGAAGAAGGUCCCCGAGUGCCUCCAGCCAACAUUGUUCCCUUCUCAGCUCUCAAGAGCCAGCUUUCACCAUUGCGAGCCACCUCGCCCUAUGGAGAUCCAGCGGACUUUGCCAUGCUCUUUAUGUCAGAUGAGCUUCUGCUCGCAACGCCACAUCACAAGGUCAACGAAGACAAGGCAUGCCCGAGCCGUCAAGAAGAAGCAACAACCGAAGAAAGCAAAAAGCCACUUGAAGUCACUGAUCCGGCAAAGGUAUUUGAUAUUCCUCAGGACAACGAACCGCCUCCCACGCGAGCCAAUACGAAGCGCAAAGCAGUUAAUUUUGCACCACACCGAACAGAGAGCACUGAGAGUCAGAGGAAGGGAUCUCUCAACACUCGUGUCCCCUCCACGGAAGUUCAGAGCUCCACCCAAGCCGAGAACGCCGAGAACGCAACAGAGGAGCGACCUACAAAAGUCACGAAGCAUAUCAAUAAAUGGACUUACAGUCGGGUUCAGGCUUCAGGGAUCGAAGUCCAGCAGGGGCAGUUCACAGCGCCGCCGACACGGGCUACAAGAGGCCCGCAGCGAGCCAGUCCGAAGGGCCUUGUCUCUGCCAGUAGCACCAGCGAAGCAGUAGGUCGGUCCAAUACCCGGGGCCGAGGCAAGCGGUGUUCGCGAGGAGACCGUUACAAUGCCCGAUUCAGUCAGGAAGGGUGA